UGAGAGGAUGAUGACAGACAGAGGACAAGUAUGACAGGGAACAGCAUCAGCACCACUGACAAGAAUCUCCCACACUGGUAGAGGGGAUAAAGAGUGAACAAGAGGAGAGAGAAAAAUAAGUUUUUUUUAAGGAGAGGGAGGAAUAACAAAGGACAGCAGGGGGACUUUUUUUACAGCCUUUAUUUUCUUCUUUUUUGGCUGUUAUUGCAGUCUUUCUUCCCUUUUCUCCAUCUUUCCUUGUCCUCCUUUUUAUUCUUAUUCUCAUCCUGGUUCUUCUCCCAGCUCCCGCCGUGGGGUCUCAACUCUCCGUCUCCCUCCCCCCUUCCCUUGCUCCCUACCUCCCCCGGGCCUUGCUCGGAGCCUCCAGGCUUCUGCGCCGCAGGAGGAUGUCUCGCAGGGAGUCUCCCCCGCCGCCCUCACCAGAGCAACUGCUUGGAGUGAGGAGGAGGGAGGUGGAUUGCGACGACCGUCCAAAGCGCACAGAACCGCUGUCCGAUGCCGAGCGGGAGAUCAUCCAGGACACUUGGGCGCACGUGUACAAGAAUUGUGACGAUGUGGGGGUGUCGGUUCUCAUAAGGUUCUUCGUGAACUUCCCAUCUGCCAAACAGUAUUUUAGCCAGUUCCAAGACAUGGAGGAUCCUGAGGAGAUGGAGCAAAGCUGCCAGCUUCGACACCAUGCCCGUAGGGUGAUGAAUGCCAUCAAUACUGUGGUGGAGAACCUCAAUGACCCAGAGAAGGUGUCGUCAGUGUUAGCCCUGGUGGGGAAGGCUCAUGCUAUCAAGCACAAGGUGGAACCGAUGUAUUUUAAGAUACUGAGUGGGGUGAUGCUGGAGGUGUUGUCUGAAGACUUCCCAGAGUUCUUCACGGCAGAAGUGCAGAUGGUGUGGACCAAACUCAUGGGUGCCGUGUACUGGCACGUGACAGGGGCCUACAGAGAUGUGGGCUGGCUCCAGGUCUCCAGCUCGGCCGUGUGAAGGUGUUGCGGGGAGCUGGAGCCUAUCCCAGCUAACUUCUGGCAAAAGGCAGACAACACCCAGGCAAUCACUGGGCACAUUUCAAGAUAAAAGGAAGACAAACAAUUACACCGCCACUGGAUGGAAACUGAACCCACGCUGCCUGCACGGACGUUAGGCAAGUGAUUUGUCAGUGACUUCAACUUUAUUCUCGUGCUAUUAUUAUUUUUUGUUUGUUUUCAAUGUGGCCCAAACACUCCUUUACAUAUACGCUCGACUUAUCGCCAGGCAAUCAAAUUAAAGGGAAUGAGGUAUGGAGCAAUGGUGGUCGGUCACGGGCCUUCUCUGCUGGCCUAAAUGAUAACAGAAGCACUGACCUACAGUACAUUUACAACCUAAAUUCUAACAUUUGAUUGAUGAAAUUGUAUUUAUUUAUUCCCAACUGUAUAUUCUCUUCUUUUAUUUGCUUUUCUCUUGACUGCAAUGAUUCCAGCAUGUGUAUGUCGAGGUUGGAUUUUUUUUUGUCCAAUCAGAUUUCAGCCUUUCAGCCUGGAGGCUAUAAAACCCAACAAUUACCAGUCAUAAAUGAUCCAUCUGCCUAUGACUGUAUUACCUGGUUCAAUAAUAUUUCUCAACAGUGUAGUGAGAAAAUCAUAUGCAUACACACAAUGGGUUGCUGCUCUUGCCUGCCUACAGGCUUUGUGUCAAUUUGCAUCAAGUUGUCAUCAUUCUAAUUGCACACAAACACAUAUAUAUAUAUAUAUAUACAAGAUACAUCCCUUUUCCACACACACACACCCACACUCACACACACACACAAACACACAGCACACACACGCACACACACGAACACAAUUGUGAUUGUGCAUUAAAUUAUCUGACUUGGACAUGUCCACGCAUGCCAAGUAUACCACAGCACUUAAUCAAAUAUAUACUGUACUUAGAAAAGAUAAUGACACAUCUACCAUGCUUGUUCUCUCUUUAUAAGGGCAUCACAGCAUAUACUGUAUGUGGAACUAUCUGUUUUGUUGUGAAAUGUUUCUGUGAAUGAGUUGUUAAAAGUGCAGACUUAAUUAUAUUUUUCUAAAUAUAUCUAUGAUAAUGAGUCGACAUUUGAAUACUAUAUUAACGUGUCAUUGUAUUCUACGUUAUU